ACUCACCAGAAGCGAGUCACGAUGUCAGCUUCAGGACCUGGUGGCCAGGGAGCUCGGUGCCUCCUGGUCUCGCUUCUGCUCUUCGCAGCCUGGGAGGCGGGGAGCGGCCAGGUCCACUACUCGGUCCUGGAGGAGGCCAAACACGGCACCUUCGUGGGCCGCAUCGCCCAGGACCUGGGGCUGGAGCUGGCGGAGCUGGUGCCGCGCCUGUUCCGGAUUGCAUCCAAAGGCCGCAGCGACCUUCUGGAGAGGAUGCUCCACCAGGAACGGUCAUCGCUCUAAUCAGUGUAACCGACCGUGAUGCCGG